CGUGAUGAGCUUACCCAAACUACCAUUCGGUUCGUACACUUGCAAGUACUAAUUUAGACACAUUAGUUCUCUCAUCGAAUCCGAAAAAGAAAGAAACUUAAUCAUGGCAAUCCUCUCAGAUUAUGAAGAAGAAGGUCAAAAAGACCAAACCCAGAAAUCUCCUUGCUCAAAAACUGUAGGUAAGGAGCCAGAGAAAGAAAACGAGAAGAGAAACUUGCCUGUUCCCAACAAUGGCAAUGGUCUAGACAUGGAGAACCAUUCUUGGACACAAACUCUACAAGAAGUAACUGUUACUGUUCCAGUCCCUUGUGGAACAAAAUCAAGACAAAUUGUAUGCGAAAUAAAGAAAAAGUCCUUGAGAGUAGGACUCAAAGGUCAAGCACCAAUAAUUGAAGGAGAGGUUUUUGAAUCUGUUAAAGUUGAUGAUUGUUUUUGGAACUUAGAGGAUCAAAGGCUGGUAUCUGUGCUUAUGACAAAGGUUGACAGGCUGAACUGGUGGAAGUCUUUGUAUAAAGGUGGUCCUGAGAUUGAUACUCAAAAAGCUGAACCAGAACCGAGCAAGCUUUCUGAGUUGGAUCCUGAAGCUAGAUGUGUUGUCGAGAAGAUGAUGUUUGAUCAACGACAGAAGCUGCUAGGACUUCCAACAAGUGAUGAGAUUGAGAAACAGGACCUCUUGAAGAAACUCAUGGCUCAGAAUCCAAACAUGGACUUUUCCAAGAUGAAUAUGAUGUGACGGAACGGGUCGGUUUAAGCAGUUUCUCCAAAUUAGGGUUUGAAAGCGUUGGUGGAGCCUUCCUUAGACUAGUGUCCAAAGCUUUCUGGGCAGCUUUAGCAGCUCCACUUGCAUUGCUCAUGUUUGCUGAAAGCGAGGAGACAGAUACUAGAAGUUUUC